AUGUUAUUACUCCAUUACGAAGAACAAAAGAAGAUAUAUCAGUCGGAUGAACACUCCGACGAACGGAUGGUUCGAGCCAUCGAUAUGGGAUGGUUUAUCCUCUCUAAAUACUUCCGCCUAACUGACGAGGUUCCCGUAUACGCCGCCGCUCUCCUCCUUGAUCCCUAUAAACGCAUCGCAUAUAUCAAGCAGAACUAG